GACAAGAGUCAAGAGCUAUAUCUCUCUUGCUCUUGCUUUCCCCUCAUCACCACACGCACCCCCUGCCGCAACAAUGAACAUUCUGAUCGCUCUUCUCCUCUUUCUUCUACCAGUUCUCUUGCUGUUGAGCUGGAGAAGAAGAGGAUCGUCGAGAAAGCUGCCUCCGGGAUCACUGGGAAUCCCCGUGAUUGGCCAGAGCAUUGGCCUGCUCCGAGCCAUGAGGACGAACACGGGCGAGAAAUGGGUCCGAGAAAGAGCGAGGAAGUACGGACCGAUCUCGAAGCUCACCCUCUUCGGCAAACCGACGGUGUUCAUUCACGGGCAAGCGGCGAACAAGUUCGUGUUCCACGGAGACGGCAGCAUGGUCGCCAACAAGCAGACAUCGUCCGUUCGUGCGAUUCUGGGAGACCGCAAUCUGCUGGAGCUCGGUGACCAGGAUCACAAACGGGUGAGAGACUCUUUCAUGUCGUUCUUGAGACCGGAAUCGCUGAAGCAGUACGUGGGGAAAAUGGAUGGAGAAGUCAGAGAGCACAUCGAGUUGCACUGGCAGGGGAAGGAAAAAGUGUCGGUGUUGCCCCUGAUGAAAAUCCUUACAUUCAAUAUCAUAUGCUCUCUUCUUUUUGGUGUGGAGGAGAGAGCUGAAAGAGAGAAAUUCCUGAAAAAUUUCCAAGAAAUGAUAGAGGGGAUGUGGUCAAUACCAGUGAAGCUGCCGUUCACGCGCUACAACCGGAGCCUCCGUGCAAGCUCCAGGGUCCAAAGUAUGUUGAAGGAACUUGUACAAAAGAAGAAGGUGAAACUAGAGCAGUGCGCUGCAACUCCUCAUCAAGAUUUGAUCACAUGCUUGUUAAGCAAGCGCAAUGAAGGAAAUGAGCGAGCUGUGACUGACAAGGAAAUUCUGCACAAUAUCAUGCUGGUCAUGGUUGCUGGACAUGAUACCUCAUCGGUUCUCAUAACUUUCAUGCUGCGUCUUCUAUCUAAGAAUCCUGCUGUUUAUGAAGCAGUUCUUCAAGAACAAGAAGACAUAGCAAGAAGCAAGAAUUCAGGAGAACCAUUAGCGUGGGAAGACCUUGCCAGGAUGAAGUACACAUGGAGAGUGGCCAUGGAAACCCUGAGGAUGGUUCCACCCAUUUUUGGUGGCUUCAGGUUAGCCUUAAAGGAUAUCGACUAUGGCGGAUACCUCAUUCCUAAAGGCUGGCAAAUCUUCUGGGCAUCGAACAUGACACACAUGGAUGAGGUCAUAUUCCCGGAGCCAGCAAAGUUCGAUCCUGCUAGAUUUGAAAACCAGUUGUCGGUACCACCCUACAGCUUCAUUCCUUUCGGAGGGGGGCCUCGGAUAUGCCCGGGAAACGAAUUCGCGAGGAUCGAAACCCUUGUUGCAAUCCAUCAUCUGGUCACUCAGUACUCCUGGGAGUUAUGUUCAGAUGAUCAUUACAUUAGGGACCCCAUGCCAGUACCUUCUCAAGGACUGCUGCUCCGGAUUGCGCCAAAGAAACAGAAAUGAAGCACGAGUCUUUGCUUGGCUAUCCAGGACUUUCACCGUGCCCCUCUCCAGGAUCCAAGCAAUCUUCCUUAUCGU